AAUAGCGGGCUUGGACUUGGAGUUUCUUUCUUUCCGCCAUUUUGUUUUCAAUAUACUUGUAAUGAAAAACUGUUCUCUUUGUAAUUUAUUAUUACAAUAAAGAAUCAAAGUCUGUAAAAACAAUAAUUUAAUUGCUAAUUGUGAUCAGUGAAUAAAGUUUGUCGUGAAAAUGGGACGUGGAAGGGAUCGUAGUCGUGAUAGACGUAGGAGCAGAAGCAGAAGCCGCAGUAGAAGUAGAAGUCGUAGUCGCAGUCCUAGAUAUGGCUUGGGCGGAGGCGGCGGAGGAGGAGGAUACGGAGGCGGAGGCCGAAGAAGUAACCCUGGAGCUAACCUUCGUAAACCGAAAUGGGAUAUGAGCAGAUUGAAACCAUUUAAGAAAGAUUUUUAUGUGCCGCAUCAGGACGUGGAAAGCAGACCCGAUUCAGAAGUUGAAGCUUGGAGAAGUCAAAACGAAAUCACUUUGAAAGGGCGCAACAUCCCAAAGCCCACGUUAACUUUCGAAGAAGCCGGAUUCCCGGAUUAUGUCAUGAAUGAAAUUGACAAGAUGGGUUUUGCAAAACCUACACCUAUACAAGCACAGGGCUGGCCGAUCGCUUUGAGUGGCUAUGAUAUGGUCGGAAUAGCAUCUACUGGUUCUGGGAAAACUCUCUCGUAUAUUUUACCUGCUAUUGUUCAUAUAAACAAUCAACCAAAAGUUAGCAGAGGAGAUGGGCCCAUUGCCCUGGUGUUGGCACCUACGAGAGAAUUGGCCCAGCAGAUUCAAGAAGUUUGUGAUAAAUUUGCAAAGACUUCGCGCAUCCAUAACACAUGUCUUUUUGGUGGGGCUCCUAAAGGACCUCAAGCUAGAGAUUUAGAUGCUGGAGUUGAAAUAAUUAUUGCAACUCCUGGCCGUCUUUUAGACUUCUUAGAGAGUGGAAGAACAAAUCUUAAGAGAUGCACAUAUUUAGUUCUGGAUGAAGCCGAUAGAAUGUUGGACAUGGGAUUUGAACCACAAAUCAAGAAGAUAAUCGAACAAAUCAGACCCGAUAGACAGACACUUAUGUGGUCUGCGACAUGGCCUAGAGAAGUGCAAAGUUUGGCAUCUGAGUUCUUAAAAGAUUACCUACAAAUUAAUGUUGGGUCUUUGCAAUUGGCAGCUAACCACAACAUCUUGCAGAUCAUUGAUGUGUGUAUGGAAUAUGAAAAAGAGACUAAGCUCAGUACACUAUUAAAAGAAAUAAUGGCAGAAAAAGAAAAUAAAACUAUAAUAUUUAUAGAAACAAAACGUAGGGUUGAUGAUAUUACACGAAAAAUGAAGAGGGAUGGAUGGCCAACUGUUUGUAUCCAUGGAGAUAAAUCUCAAAAUGAGCGAGAUUGGGUUCUGCAAGAUUUUCGAAGUGGAAAAGCUCCAAUACUUGUUGCUACAGACGUAGCUGCAAGAGGUUUAGAUGUUGAUGAUGUUAAGUUUGUCAUCAAUUUUGACUACCCUAAUAACUCAGAAGAUUAUGUUCACCGUAUUGGUAGAACAGGAAGAACAAACAAGACAGGAACUGCAUAUACAUUUUUCACGCCUUCCAAUGCUGCCAAAGCCGGAGACCUCGUGUCCGUUUUAAAGGAGGCCAAGCAAGUCGUGAACCCCAAGCUACAAGAGCUGGCCGAGCGCGGUGGGGGUGGCGGUCGAAGACAUAGAGGCAGGGGAGGCAGAUACCGAAGAGGGCGUCGCUCCCGAUCGCGUUCUCGCUCGCGCGACCGCCGGCGCCGCAGCCGCACACGCUCGCGCUCCCGCGAUCGCCGCCGACGUCGCCGCAGCUCCUCCAGAUCUUCGCGAAGCAAAUCGUCGCGAUCUUCCAAGAGUCACAGCAGAUCACGCUCGCGCUCGCGCUCCCGCUCACGAAGCAAAUCACGAUCAGGCAAGUGCAGCCCACAGAAGAAUGCAUCUAACGAUGGGCCUCAGGCUGCCCCCCAAGGUCUCCUGCCGACGCCCAAGCCGCUCCUACCCACGCCCAUCGGCCCGCAGCUACCUCCGAACUUCAACGGAAGGAGUUCCCCUCCCGCCCGAAAAGAUCAGCAUCGUCAAGGAAAAGAGCACAGCGAUCAAAGCGCAGCUCAUCAACAACAAUCCGAUAUGAUUCCACCUUUGAUGGCCAUGAAUCCUCAAAUGAACAUGUGCAUGCCUCCUCCCAUGGGUGGGCCCUCCCAAGGCUACGUCAUGCCGCCUUUUUUUCCCGCCGAUCAAUACGGAAUGGUGAUGCCCAACUAUGCACCUAACACAAUGUUAAACCAAAUGGGCUGGGGAGCCCCUCCUCCUCCUCCUCCCCCUCCUCCCCCCUCGGAAGUGGCUAGCGGCAUGGGGGCGGUGAAUAAUUACGGGCAAACCGGCAUGAGACAAAGCAGCCUGGAGUCAGAUUCCAGAAAGCGAGGCGGUCGAUCUGGCGGCCUCGGAGGUACGAGCUCGUACGACAUGAGCUCUGGUGGCGGCGGACUGGCCUCCGACGGAGGUUUCGGCGCCGGUGGCGGGGGCCUCGGCACCGGCGGCGCCGGCUCCGGCGCGGGCUUCGGCGUUGGCGGGGGCCUCGGCUCCGGCGGGGGCCUCGGCUCCGAGGAGAGCCACUCCGGCCCGCGAUCGCGGGGCGGUCGCGAUAGGCGACGCCGAGGAAGAGGACGCGACCACGACGACCAUAACUCUGGUUUCUCGAGUGGUGGUCUCGGGACACACGAUUCGGGCGGCUCGCAAGGCCCGGGUCUCGGUUCUGGCGGUCCUGGUGUACCCCAUGGGGGCCUUAUGCCGCGUCUGCUUCCACAAAACAUCGGGGAAUUCAAUUCGACGACACAAAAUGCCAAUUUUACAGCGUUCGGCAGCUACGGAUCGAAAGAUAAAAGUUUGACCUAUGAAUAUGGAAGUGGAAAUAGUAACAAUUACUAUGCUCACCAAAACAUGGGCCCCGGAAGACCGUACGGACCUGGUAUGGAUCAAGUCAGUUCUAACAAUGCAUUUCAACCUAAUGGCUCCAUGGGGUACCAAACUGACCGCCAGGGCAAUCGGCGACGAUGAGGAAUUGGAGAAAAUGGUCACAACGGGGACUCGCGUCGUCGCAGGAGGCGGUAGAUGACAAAUGAAGAAGUGAACACUAUUGAUGUUGACAAUUUCAUUCCAUUACAAGUAGCAGCAUUUGUGAAUUCAUUCACCAUUCGAUUAACAUAAUUUGAUAACUAAGUAUGACUAUAUUGAUAUACAAUUGUCUGUCCAGUAUGACCAAUUUGCUUGUAAAGUUUUUUGGGUACCUUAGUUUUUUAAUAUUAUGUAACCGAUUUCCGAACAGAUAGUAUUAAAUUAUUAAAAUAUUUUAUAAUACUAUCUGCAAUAUCCCUAACAAAAAAAAGAUCCCGAAAAAUAUCAGCACAUUGGUUUAACUGUAUAUGAUUGUUCUUUGUAACCUAAAGAUUUUUAAGUAGAAUAAUAAUAAUUGUUUAUUCUUAUUGUAAAACUAUAACUUUGCCUCAGGGAAUUUUACAUAAGAGAUUACACAUUUUGUAAAGAUCUUUUAGCCAUACUUUAUGAUAAAAUUAUUCAUAGACGUCAUAUAGUAUGGCUUGGUAUUUCUAGAUACAUACAUUUUCAAUGUAUUUUUUUGUACACAAUCAAGUCUACUGCCGCACUCAGAGAUGAAGUUAUUAAAUGAAUAUUUUGACAUUAGUCCCAUUACCCGCCUGCACCCAUACAUUAUUUGUCAAAAUCUUUAUUUAAUUAUUACAAUAAAGUAUUUAAUAUUCGUUUCUGAGUGCGCUGUUGAUCUUAUUUAGUUUACUUUUCAAAAUAUGUAGAUUUUUGCACAUUAUCUAUUUAAAGUGUUCUCAGUUAAGUUGUAGACCCUUUUUGGUAUUGAUAUAGAACUUCGUUGUAAAAAGUGCUUUGAAAUAACUAAGUUUAACAAUAAAAAAUGAACAAUUUGACAACUUGAAUCUAUUUCUAAGUUAAAAGCAGUCUCUAAUAUAAGAAUGUAGUAUAAGAAAAUAAAUUUUUCAC